AUGGCGCCGCCCAAGUUUCUCCUGCUCGUCGUCGUCCUCUCCUUCACGGCCAAUGCCACCCAAGUACCAAGAACACUCCACCUCCCCGUCGUCCACCGCAACGCGCUCUUCCCGCCCCCGCCCCCGCCCGACGCCACGCCAAGCAAGCUCCUCCGCCGCCGCCAAGCUGCCGACACUGCCCGCUACGCCGCGUUGAAUUUGAGUGCCCACGAUCUCCUCCAUUCCCCCGUCCUCGCCGGGGCCCCGUUAAGCAGCGGGGAGUACUUCACCCUCCUCGGCGUGGGGACCCCGUCCACCAGCACGCUCGUCAUCAUCGACACCGGCAGCGACCUCGUCUGGCUCCAGUGCAUGCCCUGCCGCCACUGCUACGGCCAGUUGACCCCGCUCAACGACCCUCGGAGCUCCAGCACGUACAGGCAGAUCCCUUUCUCGGCGCCGCGGUGCCAGGACCUCAAGUACCCCGUCCGCGACAGCCGCACCGGCGGCUGCACGUACACGGUAGUGUACGCCGACGGCUCCAGCUCCCGCGGCGAUCUCGCCACCGAUAGGCUCGUCUUCUCCAACGACACGCACGUCUACAACGUCACCCUCGGGUGCGGCCACGACAACGAGGGGCUGUUCAACUCGGCUGCCGGGGUGCUCGGCGUCGGCCGAGGCAUGCUGUCCUUCCCGACGCAGCUGGCGGCGGCCUACGGGCGCGUCUUCGCGUACUGCCUCGGCGACCGCGAGUCCCGUGUCCCGAGCAGCUCGUCGUACCUCGUGUUCGGCCGCACGCCGGAGCUGCCAUCCACGGUGUUCACCCCGCUGAUGACGAACCCGCGGCUGCCGAACCAGUACUACGUGGACAUGGUCGGCUUCAGCGUCGACGGCGAGCGGGUCAACGGGUUCUCGAACGCCAACCUCGCGCUGGACGCGGCGACCGGGCGGGGCGGCGUCGUCGUGGACUCCGGCACGGCCAUAUCGCGGUUCGCCAGGGACGCGUACGCGGCGGUGCGCGACGCCUUCGACGCGCGCGCGGCCGCUGCCGGGAUGCGUAGGUUGGCCAAGAACUUGUCGUUGUUCGACGCGUGCUACGACCUCAGCGGGAGUGGGAUCGCGACGGCCCAUGUGCCCACCAUCGUGCUGCACUUCGCCGGCGGUGCUGACAUGGUGCUGCCUACGAAGAACUACCUGAUCCAAGUGGACGUCGGCAGCCGGAGGACGUGCUCCUGCUUGGGGCUCGAGGCGUCGGAGGACGGGCUCAACGUGCUCGGCAACGUCCAGCAGCAAGGGUUUCGGGUUGUGUUUGAUGUGGAGAGGGAACGGAUUGGGUUCGCGCCAAACGGGUGCUCGGAUUGA